UCAGACUGUGAGGGACGGUGCCGGACCAUCGUAUUCCUCUUAUCCCGAGGAACCUCAGACUGUGAGGGAUGGUGCUGUCUUUCCAAUAGAUAAGAAGUUUUCCUGUCCCGAGUGUGGGAAGAGUUUCCGUUCUAAAUUUGAUCAAAAUGUUCAUAAGAGAUCUCACACAGGGGAAAAGCCGUAUUCCUGUUCUGAGUGCGGGAAAUGUUUUUCACAGAAGUCCCAUUUUUAUAGACAUCAGAGAAUGCAAGCGGAGGAGAAGCAGUUUUCCUGUCUUGAGUGCGGGAAAUAUUUUACAGAUAAAUCAAAGCUUGUUAAACAUGAAAGAUGUCACACGGGGGAGAAACCAUAUUCCUGUCCUGAGUGUGGAAAAUGUUUUUCACAGAAGACCAAUCUUUACCGACACAAGAGAUCUCACAUAGGGGAAAAGCCUUAUUUUUGUCCUGAGUGCGGAAAAUGUUUUUCAGGCAAGUCCUAUUUUUACAAACAUCAGAGAUUGCACACAGGGGAGAAGCCGUAUCCCUGUCCUGAGUGCGGGAAAUGUUUUAUACAAAAAUCGGAUCUUGUAACACAUAAGAGGUCUCAUACGGGUGAAAAGCCGUAUACCUGUUCUUAUUGUGGGAAAUGUUUUUCAGCUACGUACAGUCUUUACAGACAUCAGAGAACGCACACGGGGGACAAGCCGCAUUCCUGUUCGGAGUGCGGGAAAUGUUUUGUACAAAAAUCAGAUCUUGUCAUACAUCAGAGGACUCACACAGGGGAAAAGCCAUAUGCCUGUUCUGAGUGUGGCAAAUGUUUUUCAGAUAAGUUCUGUUUUUACCUAAACUAG